GUCUUCCCUCUCCUUUCUUUAUCUUUCCGUUCUCUCUCUCUCCACCUGUCCUUCUCUCCAAAAGAUUGUUCGAAUAAGUGACGGGGUAAAGUUGCCCUUCGCCUUGCCUUUGCCCCCACUAAAAUUAAGUGGACACGGCAUCGGCAUCGGCAUCUCAUCCCAUCAUCCCUGAAUACAAAUGAUCUCUCUCUCUCUCCACAAAGGAGAAUUGAGGGAUUUUGGGUUUCGGGAGAAUCUGUUCUCAGUUUCUCACCAUGUGUUUGUUCAACGGCCUGAGAGACGGACCCCACACUCGGAGCAACAUCAUCAUCGUCAUCAUCAUCAACAACAACAACAAUGCUUCUCCGCUACUUAAAUAAUUUAAAGGUGAUGGAGUCUACUCCAUUCGAAUUUUUUAUUCGCUUGGAGGUUGAGAGUCUUAUAUUUAUGGUCGCCGGCGAUGCCGACGCCGGUUAGCGCUGCUAGGCAAUGCUUAACUGCCGAGGCUGCACGCGCGCUCGACGAGGCGGUCGGGGUUGCACGCCGCCGCGGUCACGCACAGACCACGUCCCUACAUGCCGUUUCCGCCUUCCUUGCGCUGCCAUCUUCGGUGCUGCGCGAGGCCUGCGCACGUGUUCGCAGUUCAGUUUACUCGCCUCGCCUUCAGUUCAGAGCUCUCGAGCUAUGCUUCGGCGUUGCACUCGAUCGUCUUCCUUCCUCCCAAGCUUUAGACGAGCCUCCCGUAUCCAACUCUCUUAUGGCCGCCAUUAGACGCUCUCAAGCGAACCAGAGGAGGCACCCUGAGAGUUUUCAUUUGCAUCAGCAGCAGCAGCAGCAGCAGCAGCAGUCACCGCUCUCCUGCAUCAAGGUUGAGCUUCAGCAGUUGAUAUUAUCGAUUCUUGAUGACCCGGUUGUCAGUAGGGUUUUCGGGGAAGCCGGUUUCCGUAGCUGUGAUAUUAAGCUUGCGAUUGUUCGCCCACCUCCGCCUCUCGUUCGAUAUUCUCGAUCCCGGUGCCCUCCUCUUUUCUUGUGUAAUUUAACUGGGGGUGAUUCUGAGUCCGGUCGACGGAGUUUCAGUUUUCCUUUCUCGGGGUUCUCGGGGUUUCCUGGCUAUGCGGAUGGAGAUGAGAACAGUAAGAGAAUUGGGGAGGUUCUUGCGAGGAAGAAGAGUAGGAAUCCGUUGCUUGUCGGGGUCUGCGCAAACGAUGCUCUGCACAGUUUUACAGAAUGUGUAGAAAGAAGGAAAGGAGGAGUUUUGCCCGUAGAAAUAUCUGGUCUGWGCAUAAUCUGUAUCGAGAAGGAGGUCUCAAGGUUUAUUACGGAGAAUGGGAAUGAGGGGUCGCUCGAAUUGAGGUUUGAGGAGGUGGGUCGAACAGCUGAUAGUUCUUCUGGGUGCGGUGUGGUCGUUAACUUCGGAGACUUGAAGUCAUUCGUUGUUGAUGACUCGGUGGAUGCUGUGAGUCGUGUGGUUUCACAAUUGACGAGCUUAUUGGAACUUCACCGCGAGAAAUUGUGGUUGAUGGGAGCAGCAGCGAGUUACGAGACAUACCUGAAGUUCCUAACAAAGCUCCCUUCUAUAGAGAAAGACUGGGAUCUGCAGCUUCUACCCAUCACUUCUCUUAGACCCUCCGUCGGAGGAUUCUUCCCCCGACCCCACAGUUUGAUGGAGUCAUUUGUUCCAUUUGGUGGAUUUUUUCCAUCAUCAUCUGAUCUGAAGGGCCCAUUAAGCAGCACAAGUGAAUCCAUGUCCUGUUGUCACUUAUGCAAUGUGAAGUAUGAACAAGAAGUAUCUUCUCUUCUGAAGGGGGGAAACACUAUUUCAGUUGCAGAUCAAUACCAAUCAAAUUUGCCUUCCUGGCUGCAGGCACCUGAACUCAGCACAAGCAAGGGAUUGGAUGUUGUAAAGGCCAAAGAUGAUGGAACAGUAUUGAAUGCUAAAAUGAUGGGUCUGCGAAGGAAAUGGAAUGAUAUUUGCCAGCGUCUUCACCAGAGUCAUGUAAUGCCCAAAGCUGAUUCAUAUCAAGUUGGAUCCCAGUCUCUUACAAGCAUUGUGAGCUUUCCGUUUGUCUUGGAUGGUAAAGAAAGACCUGGGAAUCACAACAGUAACAGUACAAUUGCAUCUCAGAGUGAAAAUGGAGGUGAAAAUGUUUUUCCUUCCAUUUCCAUGAACUUGCAAAGAGUUCCUCAACCACAACUGAACAUACCAAAUAUGUCAGUUUCUGAAGCUAAGAGUGAGAGUCUUCUAUCCAAACUACAGGUUGCACAUUCAAAAGACGUAUGCAUCCGCACAGAGGACCUCAGGUCUGCUCCAUGCCCCUCAUUGAAUUGGGACUUGCCUGAUGAUAAUGAAUCGCCUUCCUCUGUAACUUCUGUGACAACAGAUUUAGGAUUAGGAACACUUUAUGCAUCUAAUCAGGAGAGAAAGAAACCAAUAUCCAGAGCUAAUGAGUGUCUGCAGAAUGGCUCUAGUUGCCUUCCUGCUGAGCUUGAUGCAGUCAAUGGGAAUGUUUUAAUCUCUCCUGCACGAUCUUCAUUUUGCACUGCUCCUGAUUCGAGUGUGCAGUUUGAUCCAAGAGAUUUCAAGAAUUUGUGGAGAAGUCUCACUGAAAGGGUUGGUAGGCAAGAUGAAGCUAUAUGUGCUAUCAGUCAAACUAUAACCCGCUGUAGAACAGAAAGUGGAAGGCGCCGUGGCACCGGCUUGAAAGGAGAUAUAUGGUUCAGUUUCCUUGGACUAGACAGAGUUGCAAAGAAGAGAAUAGCAUUAGCCCUUGCAGAAAUGAUAUUUGGGAGCAAGGAGAACCUGAUUUCCAUAGAUUUAAGUUCACAAGAUGGGACCGUCCAUUCAGGAAUUGUAUAUGAUCACCAGGAGAUGAAUGGCUAUGAUGCAAAGUUCAGGGGGAAGACAGCGACUGAUUAUAUUGCAGGGGAGCUAAGCAAGAAACCCUUGUCAGUUGUCUUCCUUGAAAAUGUAGAUAAGGCUGAUUUUUUGGUCCAGAAUAGCUUGUCGCAGGCUAUUAGGACUGGUAAGUUUUCAGAUUCACAUGGAAGAGAAAUUGGCAUCAAUAAUUCAAUCUUUGUGAUAACAUCAAGAAUUAUAAAGGAUAAUAAGAGCUUCUUUUCUGGGAAGGAUUCUGUUAAGUUCUCAGAGGAAAGAAUUCUAGGAGCUCAAAGCAUGCAAAUGCAGUUACUGAUUGGAUAUGCUCCCGGGGAUACUGCAACAAAAAAUAAUUCAAAUGUGUUGGUUACAUCAAGAAAAAGUUGUUCUGGCCCAUCAAUUGUGAAUAAGCGCAAACUGAGCAAAACUGGUGACUCUACAGAGCAGUGUAGGACUUUAGGCAUGGCCAAACGAAUCCACAAAGUGCCAGGUGCAUGUUUGGAUUUGAAUCUUCCUGUAGAAGAGAUGGAAGGAAAUGACCCAGAUUAUGGAAGCUGUGACAGUGACUCUAUAUCAGAAAACUCAGAAGCCUGGUUGGAAGAUUUUCUUGACCAAGUUGAUGAAACAGUCAUGUUCAAGCCAUUUGAUUUUGAUGCUCUUGCAGACAAAAUAUUGAAAGAGAUCAGUGAGAGUUUCAGAAAAGUGAUUGGAUCCAAUAGUCUGCUGGAGAUUGAUGCAGAAGUCAUGGAGCAGAUACUUGCAGCUGCUUGGUUAUCAGACAAGACAAGAGCAGCAGAGGAUUGGGUGGACCAGGUCCUGGGAAGGUGUUUUGCCGAGGCCCAGCAAAGAUAUAGCUUCUCAGCUCGGUCUGUUCUUAAGCUUGUACAUUGUGAGAAUGUCUUCAUGGAGGAGCAAGGACUUAGUAUCCGCCUUCCUUCACGAAUAAUUCUGAAAUAAAAUGUCUAAAAUGCUUCUGUAAUUAGAUGUAUAAUGUAGCUUCUAGCAUCUACAUGUCUAUCAGGUCUGUUGAUCCCAUGGUUUUAUUGGGUUUUUUCAGGCCAUGUUUGUCUAUUGUAUCAAUUGCAGUUAAAGAUGUACGAUUGCUCGUAGUUCAUCUCUUAAGUCUUAA